AUGGCCAGUCAUCUCAAAUCCAUGUUACUGCCAAAUGGCCGCACAGAGCUGUGCAAUUCGGUGCUACCGGCACUUCUGGACUGUAUCUCCGACAUCGCAAAGUCGCUACGCGAGUCACAGCACGUCUCCCAAGCUGGCACCACAAACGCAUUUGGUGAUAGCCAGUUGAAUGUCGAUAUUGCAGCAGAGAACCUUAUUCGAACAGCGCUUGCAAAGUGCCCCUCCGUAUUGACUGCGAGCAGCGAAGAGGAGCCCGUGGAGCGGCCUGCUAGCGACGGCCGAACCGUGGAUGACGUGUCUCCUACAUCAGAAAAAUACACAGUCGCCUUCGACCCUCUAGAUGGGAGCUCGAUCAUUGCGCCUAAUUGGACUGUGGGCACUAUUAUAGGCAUCUGGGACGGUGCGUCGGCGAUCCACCAACAGCCUUCGGAGAAACAAAUUGGCGCCGUCCUAGGAAUCUAUGGGCCCCGCACUACAGCUAUUAUAGCCCUGAGGGUCCCCGGCAGCGAGCCCUGUUGUCUUGAGAUCGGGGUUGGAGGUUCUGGGACACAGGACCAUCAGGUCAUUCGGUCCAAUGUGCAGCUCGCGGACCCGCCAUUUACGACGCGUUACUUUGCCCCGGCCAAUCUCCGGGCGGCAGCAGAGAGUGAGAACUACAUGCGAUUGAUUACGAAGUAUAUGGAGAAGAAAUAUACAUUGCGCUAUAGUGGUGGGUUGGUGCCAGAUGUGGUGCACGCGCUGGUGAAGGGUCACGGUGUAUAUUUGUCCCCUGUGACAGGCGCAAGCGAGGCGAAGCUGCGUCGCUUGUAUGAGCUGUUUCCUAUCGCGCUGAUUGUGGAAUGCGCGGGAGGAAAGGCCAUUGAUCCUGUUGAUGGGGAGGAUAUUCUGAGUCGACCCUUGGAGAAUUGUGAUGAGACGGCGGGUUUGGUCUGUGGAACAGCUGAGGAGGUCGACAUUGCAAAAAGCGCAUUGCUCCAUGCAUGA